AUGACCACCCUCAUCGAAAUUGAAUCCCACCUAGACUGCAAACCCCAUGCCCAUGUUGUCCUACUGGGAGACUUCAACGCCAAAAACCCGGCGUGGGGAGGAACAACCGCAGACCCCAGAGGCGAUGAGCUCAUUGAGUUCAUGCUGCUCAACGACCUCAGGCCUCUUAAUAACCCACACUCCCCCCCACACACAUUCGACAGACCACGAGGAACCUCGUGGAUCGACAUCACUAUAGUCAGAGAAAUCCACGCCCAUAAUUCCUUAAACUGGCAAGUACUGAACACACAGUCCUGCAGCGACCACAAAUACAUUUCUUUUGAAAUUUUCAACCCUCCCAGCCCCUAUAUUUUCAAAACUACCAAAAAAAGCAGGCAAGAGACGAUGGAUCGCCUGGCAACAGAUGGAUGGUUCAAAAUGAUAACAAACAAAUAUACCAAAGAAUCACUCAACCCCGACGCAGCUGUGUACGCUCUCCGCAAAAAAAUCACUACCUACAACACUACCUACAAGCAACAAGCUAUCCGUAGGAUAACACCCCAUCACACGGUCAACCCUUGGGGGACCCCCCAACUAGACGACAUCAGAAGGGAAGCCAGAAGACUGCGGCGUCAAGUACAAUGGGAAUGGCGAACACAACCCAACCCUCCCAUACUAAUUCCGUACAAACGUAUGGCAGCAACAUACAAGAAAGCCCUUAUACAGGCAAAAGCAUGUGCCUGGGAGAACCUCUGCGCCAAGCUAACACCAAAAAACCCCUAUGGGGAAGCGUACAAAAAGUCUGAGAGGACUCACACCUGA